AAAGACAUCAAGAGAGUAUGAGAGUAAGCGAAGCAACUCAAACUGAGUAUAAAAGUUGAUGAUCGUCUAUGUUCAGGUUCAGUGUAAAACAAAAGCUAAGUGAAUUAACAAGUCUGAAUAAAUAAUUUAAUUAAAAAUGAAAGUCUUCGGUAUCAUCUGUGUAUUAACAACUCUCGUUGGAAUGAAUUACGCACAACGUGGAUCAUACGCUGGGAGUCGACCAAUUGUCAAUGGAAUUAAAGGUCCAUUUCCAGAAGAAAAUAAUGAGUUGGCAAAUAGAUUCAGUGACAGUGGCACACAGCAAAAUGUAAUUUCAUUGCCACAAAAUUUCCCAAUCUAUGUGCCUCACAACAUGUACCUUAUUGAUCAAGUCAACCAACGUCCAUUAAAUGAACAACCAUUCUGGUUCGCAAAUCGUGAUAUUAUCAAUGAGCAUCUCAAAGGACCCGGUGAAGGUUUUUCUCAGGAACAGCCUCAAAUUGGAAGUCAAAAUAGAUUCCAGAAUGGACUUCAAAGUGGAUCACAAUUUGCACAACAAGCUAGACCUCAAAAUGGAUUCCAAGGUAGACCACAAGUUGGACAGCAAAAUAUAGGUGCACAACCUGGUAUUGGACAGCAAAAUAUUGGUGGAUUCCAAGGAGGGCAACCAGGUAAUGGACAAUCAAAUGUUGGUGGAUUCCAAAAUGGACAGCAAAAUACUGUUGGAUCUCAAGAUGGACGACCAAGUAUUGGUGGAUCUGUACAUGCUAAUCGAGGAUCUUACAUGGGAAGAAGGCGUUAAAACAUUAUUUCGAUUAAUUGCUAAUUCAUGUGAUACUCUUUUGUAGUUAAUAAUGUUAAAAUUAUUUUUAAACUUUAGUGUAUGGAUUUUUUUAUGGAGCUGAUGGCCAUGCAUAAUGAAUAAUCGAUACUAAAAUUAUACAUUCUGUUCUUUAGUACGCUAUGGCUAUUAAAUGUUGAUUUGAAACAAUAAAUAAAGAAGCAACAACUUCUGUUUAACAAGAA